AUGACGGUGGAACGGGAGAAAGGAGUGACGUUGGACGAGAAGUGGCGGCUCGUGCCGGCCUUUUUGAAGAUUCGCGGCCUCGUCAAACAGCAUCUCGUUUCUUUUGAUUACUUCGUCAACGAGGAAAUCAAGCUCAUUCUACUCUCGAAUCAGAAGAUCACCAGCGAUGCGAAUCCGAACUUCUACUUGAAAUAUUUGGACAUUCGUGUUGGUCAGCCAUCCAGUGAAGAAGGGUUCAAUCAAGUUAACGAGAAAAUAACACCGCAGGAAUGUCGGUUGAGGGACAUGACGUAUUCUGCUCCAAUCACCGUUGAUGUUGAGUAUACGAGAGGAAAUCAGCGCGUCGUGAAGAGGGAUUUGUGCAUUGGGCGAAUGCCGAUUAUGUUGCGAUCGAGCAAAUGCAUUCUCAAAGAUUUGGAGGAGGAAGAGCUUGCUCGUGUACAAGAAUGCCCACAUGAUCCCGGAGGUUAUUUCAUCGUCAAAGGAUCGGAGAAAGUGAUUCUCAUCCAAGAGCAGCUGAGCAAGAACAGGAUCAUGGUCGGCCUAAAUUCGAACAAGGAACUGCAAUGCGAAGUCCUUUCAUCCACAGCUGAACGAAAGUCGAAGACGUAUGUUUUGGUGAAGAAAGGGCGCUAUUGGCUUCGACACAACCAACUCAGCGACGAUAUCUCAAUUGCCAUUGUUUUUAAAGCUAUGGGAAUUUUGUCAGACUUCGAUAUCAUAUCAGCUGUUGGACGUGAGGAACGUUUCGUCGACUUGUUCACACGAACUAUUGAGGACACCCAGCUGCAGCAAAUUUUCACUCAACAACAAGCGCUUGCUUACAUUGCUGCAAAGGUGAAAGUUCGUAAACCAUUUGGAGUCUUUGGGGCCGCCGCACAAGCAGCAAUGGUAGAAGUGACUGCGAAAGAUCACGAAGCACUCGACUUCCUAUCGACUAGCAUGUUGUGCCACGUUCCUGUUGUCAACGGAGACAUGAAGAUGAAAGCAAUUUAUCUUGGACUGAUGUGCCGAAGAUUGAUCAUGGCUGAACUUGGCGAAAGUGAACUUGAUGACAGAGACUUCUACGGAAACAAACGGUUGGAGCUUGCCGGUUCUCUUCUUGCUUUACUUUUCGAGGAUGUUUUCAAAAGAUUCAAUAGCGAACUUAAAAGAAUCGCGGACAAUUCGCUCAACAAAACUUUAGCAGCACCAUUGGACAUCGUGAAGCACAUGAGACAAGACUUGAUAACGAAUACUAUUGUCAACUCACUGUCUACCGGAAAUUGGAUCAUUAAAAGGUUCCGAAUGGAAAGACAUGGAGUUACACAAGUACUAUCUCGACUUUCCUACAUCUCAGCGCUUGGCAUGAUGACAAGAAUCAAUUCUACGUUUGAGAAAACAAGAAAGGUAGCUGGACCUCGUUCUCUUCAACCAUCACAAUGGGGAAUGUUGUGCCCGUCAGACACGCCCGAAGGAGAAGCUUGUGGACUGGUGAAGAAUUUGGCCUUGAUCUCGCACAUAACGACGGAUUGUGAUGAACGACCCGUUCUCCGCCUCCUUUACAACAGCGGUGUCGAGGAUUUGCAAAGAGCUCACUUCAGUCACAUUCAUGAUGCGCACUAUCAUCUGAUUUUCCUUAAUGGCCAACUGGUAGGUUCAACUGUAGACCCAGUGAGGGUUGUGAGCGCUGUUCGGGCUCUUCGACGGAGUGGUUUCUUCAGUGAAUUUGUUUCGGUCUCAAGGUCCUUCACACAACGCAGUGUCUUUAUCUCUUCAGAUGGUGGUCGUUUGUGUCGACCCUACAUCAUUGUUGAAAAUGGCCAACCUUUGGUGAAACUAAAACACAUUGAGGACUUAAAAAAUGGUCUACGAGUGUUUGAGGACUUUGUUGUGGAAGGAUUGAUUGAAUAUCUUGACGUGAACGAGAUGAACGAUGCUUUGAUCGCCAUGUACGAAAAGGAUAUCCACGAGAAGACAACACAUUUGGAGAUUGAGCCGUUUACGAUUCUGGGGAUUUGCGCCGGCUUGAUCCCGUAUCCACAUCACAAUCAGUCGCCGAGAAACACUUAUCAGUGCGCUAUGGGUAAACAGGCAAUGGGAACGAUUGCUUACAAUCAGCAGAAGCGAAUUGACAGCAUUAUGUAUCUACUUGUUUACCCACAAAAGCCGCUUGUCAAAAGCAAGACGAUUGAAAUCAUCAACUUUGAAAAGCUUCCAGCUGGUCAGAAUGGAAUCAUUGCUGUUAUGUCAUACUCGGGUUACGAUAUUGAAGAUGCGACCGUGCUCAACAAGGCUUCUUUGGAUAGAGGUUACGGACGUUGUCUAGUCUACAAGCACGCAAAGGGAGCAAUUCGCAAAUAUCCAAAUCAAACGUCGGACAAGUUGAUGGGACCGAGUAUUGAGGCUGGGUCGAGGAAAAUUGUUUGGAAGCACAGGGUUCUUGAUCAGGAGGGAAUUGUUUUUGCGGGCGCCAGAAUCGAGAACAAAAUGACGAUGAUCAACAAACACAUGCCGAUAAUUCACCAAGCAAAUGAUCAGACGCCGGGAAUGGCUAGCGCAACACCAUCAGGUCGUGACGUUGAAUACAAAGAUGUGUCGAUAGGUUUCAAAGGUUUGGUACCAUCAUAUGCUGAAAGGGUCUUGCUUACUUCUAGCGAAGAUGAGGGGCAUUUGAUUAAGAUUUUGUUACGACAGACACGUCGCCCGGAGCUUGGAGACAAAUUCUCAUCACGGCACGGUCAAAAGGGUGUUUGUGGGCUGAUUGCGCAACAAGAAGAUAUGCCAUUUAAUGACCUUGGAAUGGUUCCCGAUCUAAUCAUGAAUCCGCAUGGUUACCCAUCACGGAUGACAGUCGGCAAAUUGAUGGAACUGCUAUCCGGGAAAAAUGCAGUGAUGACCGGCCGUUUUCACUACGGAACAGCUUUUGGUGGUGAUCAGGUGAAAGAUGUUUGUGACGAGUUGGCUCGCUUCGGCUACAAUUACAUGGGAAAGGACAUGUUAACUUCUGGAAUCACUGGACAACAACUUUCGGCCUACAUCUACUUUGGACCAAUCUACUACCAAAAGUUAAAGCACAUGGUCUUGGACAAGAUACAUGCAAGAGCAAGAGGACCAAGAGCUGCACUGACGAGGCAACCAACAGAAGGACGAGCAAGGGAUGGUGGACUUCGACUCGGAGAAAUGGAACGUGAUUGCUUGAUCGCCUAUGGUGCAUCGAUGCUUUUGAUGGAACGUUUGCUCUACUCAUCAGAUGAAUUUGAGGUCGAAGUUUGCGGUGUGUGCGGUCUUCUCGGCUACAAGGGUUGGUGUCAACGAUGUCGCUCGUCAAAAGAUUUGGCGAAGAUCAAAAUUCCAUACGCUUGCAAGCUCUUGUUUCAGGAGCUUCAAUCGAUGAACAUUGUGCCGAAGAUCGACUUGUCGCGACUAACUGAU